UCACUAUCAGCUCCCAACUCUCCAUUAGUCCAUUUCUAUAGAACGCAGCUCUGCAGCGGAGGUUCCCGAAAAUUCAGUUACAAGCCACUGGAGUAAGAAGAAGCUUAGAAGAAACGCAGAGGAAGCUGAGUAAUUUCCCCCUCAUUUCCUAUGCAAUAAGAUGGAGAUGGAGAAGAAGAACCCAGAAUUGAAGCACUUAGUGUUCGUGAGGAUCGCAGCUAUCCAGGUUCUGGUGUACGUUUCGAAUCUAUACGAUUACGCGAAGCAGAACUCGGGGCCACUGAGAUCUACGGUUGGGACGGUCGAGAGUGCUGUAACUACCGUUGUGAGCCCAGUCUACCGGAAAUUCAAGGACUUGCCCGAUGAUCUUCUUGUAUUUCUUGAUAAUAAGGUAGACGAAGGUACAAGAAAGUUUGAUAAGCAUGCUCCACCUGUUGCUAAGCAGGCUGUGAGUCAAGCCCAGAGCUUUUUACAGAUAGCAUCACAGAAGCUCCAAGAACUUGUGCAUGAAGCUAGCGCUGGAGGGCCGCGUGCUGCUGUGCGUUAUGCAACCACAGAGUUGAAGCACUUGGCGCUCACCCAAUCUGUAAAGGUGUGGAUUAAACUCAACCAGUUCCCUGUGGUUCACACAGUUGCAGAUAUGGUCGCUCCCACAGCUGCACACUUGUCGGAGAAGUACAACCAUACCGUUAAGGGCAUGGCCCAGAAUGGUUAUAAAGUCUUUAAUUAUGUGCCCUUGGUUUCACUUGAUGAUAUAGCCAGGGCAUUUAAGCAAGGUGAAACAGAGAAGAAAGAAAAUGCAACUGCACAUGAUUCAUCAGAUUCGGAUUAGAAGGUCGAUUCUUAGUCCAAUGGGUUUGCUUCUAGGUUCGCGAAAAUGUGAUAAGGUGUGCGUCUCUGGCAAAUCUGCAAAUGGGUCUUUUGGACUUCUUAAUGUGGUGAUGAAUGUGAAUGGUUUGUAAAUCUACUAGAUCGUCAUAAGAUUGGCCUAAUUGAUGUAACAUUUAGGGAAACUAUCCAAUGCUCGUAGUAGAAGAUAAAUUCAUUUAAAAACAA